GGCAGUCGCGCGGAGUUCCAGCCGCCAGCAGCUGUGAUUGGUCGGCGGUCGCCAGGCGAAGCUCUCCGGAGUUUCCGAGUGGCCGAGGUACAAGAAUCCCAGUGCUGUGAGAGUGACGACACAGAAGUGUGAAGGUGCGCCAGGCGGCAGUGAUAUCGCGGGCGCUGGUCGCAAGGGAAGUGCGCCGGGCGAACUCGCAGGAGCACACACUAGGCGGUCAGCUGCCUGGAGGCGGGGUUGGCAGACAAGUGCGGCGCCGCCGCCAAUUGCCCCCGCCGCCCCAGGGGUGUCCGCCGCACUGCAACUGCGCUGGGACAGCAGCUGUCAGGCACUGCUUCAGAAGAGACAACGCCAUUAGGAAACUGCUCAACAUAUCUGAAUGGGAGCCAUGGUGGUGCCACGGGUCAUAGCGGAGCUUCUGAAGUCCGACACCAGGCAGCAGCAGUCGGAGCCGCAACCACGUCGCGCGCACCGGCUGACAGGCCAGCUGCACUGGUACGAGCACGGGUCCUGGCUGCCCCGCACCGCUGAGGUCUCAGGAGGCUGCCUGCUGGUGCGUGGAGGGCCUCAGGAGCUGCGGCUGCCUCUGAGAAGGCUCAGCCUGAGGCCUGCCAGCCAGCCUCGCGCCUUUGCGCUCGUCGCACCCAACGACCUCGUAGUGGCCAUGUUCAAGGUGGCGAGCCAGGCGCAGUACGACGGCUGGGUGAAGGCGCUGGCGGCCGAGCUGCUGCGGCAGACUCCCCUGGAGGAGGUGCGGUUCCUCGACAUCCUGGCCAUCUCGGCCACGGUGGGGCGCCCCGAGCCGGUGUGUACAGUUGAGAGUGGCGUGCCGGCAGGUGGCGAGCCAGGCGCAGUACGACGGCUGGGUGAAGGCGCUGGCGGCCGAGCUGCUGCGGCAGACUCCCCUGGAGGAGGUGCGGUUCCUCGACAUCCUGGCCAUCUCGGCCACGGUGGGGCGCCCCGAGCCGGCGUGUACAGUUGAGAGUGGCGUGCCGGCAGGUGGCGAGCCAGGCGCAGUACGACGGCUGGGUGAAGGCGCUGGCGGCCGAGCUGCUGCGGCAGACUCCCCUGGAGGAGGUGCGGUUCCUCGACAUCCUGGCCAUCUCGGCCACGGUGGGGCGGCCCGAGCCGGCGUGUACAGUUGAGAGUGGCGUGCCGGCAGGUGGCGAGCCAGGCGCAGUACGACGGCUGGGUGAAGGCGCUGGCGGCCGAGCUGCUGCGGCAGACUCCCCUGGAGGAGGUGCGGUUCCUCGACAUCCUGGCCAUCUCGGCCACGGUGGGGCGCCCCGAGCCGGCGUGUACAGUUGAGAGUGGCGUGCCGGCAGGUGGCGAGCCAGGCGCAGUACGACGGCUGGGUGAAGGCGCUGGCGGCCGAGCUGCUGCGGCAGACUCCCCUGGAGGAGGUGCGGUUCCUCGACAUCCUGGCCAUCUCGGCCACGGUGGGGCGGCCCGAGCCGGCGUGUACAGUUGAGAGUGGCGUGCCGGCAGGUGGCGAGCCAGGCGCAGUACGACGGCUGGGUGAAGGCGCUGGCGGCCGAGCUGCUGCGACAGACUCCCCUGGAGGAGGUGCGGUUCCUCGACAUCCUGGCCAUCUCGGCCACGGUGGGGCGCCCCGAGCCGGUGUGUACAGUUGAGAGUGGCGUGCCGGCAGGUGGCGAGCCAGGCGCAGUACGACGGCUGGGUGAAGGCGCUGGCGGCCGAGCUGCUGCGACAGACUCCCCUGGAGGAGGUGCGGUACCUCGACAUCCUGGCCAUCUCGGCCACGGUGGGGCGCCCCGAGCCGGUGUGUACAGUUGAGAGUGGCGUGCCGGCAGGUGGCGAGCCAGGCGCAGUACGACGGCUGGGUGAAGGCGCUGGCGGCCGAGCUGCUGCGGCAGACUCCCCUGGAGGAGGUGCGGUUCCUCGACAUCCUGGCCAUCUCGGCCACGGUGGGGCGGCCCGAGCCGGCGUGUACAGUUGAGAGUGGCGUGCCGGCAGGUGGCGAGCCAGGCGCAGUACGACGGCUGGGUGAAGGCGCUGGCGGCCGAGCUGCUGCGACAGACUCCCCUGGAGGAGGUGCGGUUCCUCGACAUCCUGGCCAUCUCGGCCACGGUGGGGCGGCCCGAGCCGGCGUGUACAGUUGAGAGUGGCGUGCCGGCAGGUGGCGAGCCAGGCGCAGUACGACGGCUGGGUGAAGGCGCUGGCGGCCGAGCUGCUGCGACAGACUCCCCUGGAGGAGGUGCGGUUCCUCGACAUCCUGGCCAUCUCGGCCACGGUGGGGCGGCCCGAGCCGGCGUGUACAGUUGAGAGUGGCGUGCCGGCAGGUGGCGAGCCAGGCGCAGUACGACGGCUGGGUGAAGGCGCUGGCGGCCGAGCUGCUGCGGCAGACUCCCCUGGAGGAGGUGCGGUACCUCGACAUCCUGGCCAUCUCGGC